GUGUUGCCAAGGACUUAAUUUGGACAAUAACAUUUAGAUUUUUUUGCACCCUCAGAUUCCAGAUUUUCAAAUAGUUGUAUCUCUACCAAAUAUUUUCCUUACAAAAUCAUACAUCAAUGGAAACUAUUUAGUCAGGUGAUAUUAAGGGAAAAAUCGACCCUUAUGACUGGUUUUGUGGUCCAGGGUCAUAUUAAUAUAUCGAAGCAUACAGCAUCAUGCCUGAUUCAUUCCUGCAUAUUGCCGAAACGUAUUACUCCCAUUUUAUGUCUUACUGGUAAUCCCGUACAUUCAAGUGAUCGCCAACCGUUUUGCGAAUCGGUUCCACUGAAUCAUCAAAAACGAAUCAGUUCAAGCGAACGACUAUGGGAAUUAACAGCACGCGUUUUUCAAUAUCUGUAGCCUACCUAAAAUAGAUUCCUGAGGUGUGUUGCUCAUGUGAAUUAAACAGAUCAUCUCUCUCUCUCUCUCUCUGAGUGCCCUGCGCUUUUUGCGCGCUGCCGUGCGCCUCUGUUGGUAUUGGAAAGGCGCGCGGUCUCCGUUUACGCCUUUAAGCGCAGGAUGGCGGAGAGUCACGCCGAGAUCAGCAGCCACGAUUGUCGGCGACCGAUAACAACUUUCAACCACAGAUCAUCCAAAUGGGUCCGUCUGAACGUCGGUGGUACUUAUUUUCUGACCACCCGACAGACUCUGUGCCGGGACCCCAAAUCAUUCCUGUUCCGACUGUGCCAAGCGGACCCGGAUCUGGAUUCAGAUAAGGACGAGACUGGGGCAUACCUGAUUGACAGGGAUCCGAUGUAUUUCGGGCCGGUAUUGAAUUACCUUAGACAUGGCAAGCUGGUUCUCAACAGGAACCUGACAGAAGAGGGAGCUCUUGAAGAGGCGGAGUUCUACAACAUCACAUCUUUGAUCAAACUCAUUAAAGAUAAGAUUAGUGACAGAGAUGCCAAGACUACACAUACACCAGUCAAACAUGUUUACCGAGUGUUGCAGUGUCAGGAGGAAGAACUGACCCAGAUGGUCUCAACCAUGUCAGAUGGAUGGAAGUUUGAGCAGCUUGUCAGUGUAGGUUAUGGGCGGGCGCAGAAGUCAGAGUUUUUCCUGAUUGUGUCUCGGGAAGUGAAGGGGGAGGAGUCGAGCCAAACUCGCCCCGCCCACAGCGGAGAGUUGGUCAAUAUUGGCUCCUCCUACAAUUAUGGUAAUGAAGAUCAGGCGGAGUUUCUGUGUGUUGUUUCCAAAGAGCUGCACAAUCAAUCAUACACUGGAAACAACCAACCUAGUGAGAAAGCCAAGAUUCUACAGGAACGAGGUUCUAGAAUAUGAUCUGGAUGUUUCACAAUACAGCUUUCUUUCUUGAACAUUCCAGUAACUUGUUCUCUUCACUCCAGUAAGAGCAUUAGACGGACACAUCGGACAUCAAAAGCACACAACAAAUGAGGAGCAUGUCUACUGUAAAUGGUGCCUGUGUAUUUUAACAAAAACGGAAAUGCUUUGAUCUUUAAACACUGAUAAACUGGACCAAUGUAAAUCUCAGGGAUCAAAAUGAAAUGCAAUAUUUAAUCACUUUCAAUACACUUUCCUUUGUUAACAAAACCAUAUUAGUAUUAAUAACUCAUACGUCAUAUUUGUACUGAUAACCUGUCCAGGGCCUAUUUUGCAUAUACAACAAAGCAAUAAUAGUAGUAAUUUAAUAAUAGAUUUUGGUUUGGUUUUAAUUUUUUUAAGUUGGAUAUAGAAUCUCAUUCCCUCUCAAAAAAAUAGUGCUAAUUAGCACUAAAAGUGGUUCACUGGCUCAUAAUUAUAGGGGAACCAUUUUAGUGCUAAAUAUCACAUACGUAGAACCAAACAAUCUCUCUAAACAAUCCCAACCGAGGCAUAAGGGUCUUAUCUAGUAAAACAAUCAUCAUAAAUAAAAUAAAACAUACUUUUAAACCACAACUUCUCAUCUUGCACUAGCCGCGUGAUGCGCCAGCACGACCUUACGUAUUAUGUAAUCACAUCGAAAGGUCAUGCGUUACAUAUGUGAAACGCAUACUUGCAGACAAUUUUAAGCAAUAAACUGACACAAAGACAUGAAUUAGUAUCAUUACAAAUAUAAAAACGUCAGAACGGUCCUCUUUCUAAACACUUGUAAACACUGGGGCGGAAGUUUCGCAUGACGUUUCGAUGUGAUUACGUAAUAUGUAAGGUCACGAUGGCACAUCACAAGACUAGUGCAAGAUGAGAAGUUGUGGUUAGAAAAGUACUAUUAUUUUUUUGGUGUAAAUUAUGAUUGUUUCGCUCGAUUAGACCCUUAUGCCUCAGUUGGGAUCAUUUAGAGCCCUUUAAAACUGCAAUAAUACUGUAAACUGUUGAGGUCCACCAAAGUCCACUAUAUGGAGAAAAAUCCUGGAAUAUUUUCCUAAAAAAAAACUUAAUUUCUUUUUGACUGAACAAAGAAAGACAUAAACAUAUUGGAUGACAUGAGGAUGAGUAAAUUAUCCGAAUUUUUUAUGAAAUUGUAAUAAUGCUUUAAGAUUUUUGCUCUAUAAAUAAAAACUUGUUUUACUUACAAUAUAAAACUACUACUACUAUAUGUUAUAAUUCCUUUAUAAUGUAAAAUAUGUUGCUCUUGCACUACUGUAUUAUUAUUAUUAUUAUUAUAUUAUUAUUAUUAUUAUUAUUAUUAUCAGACACAUUUGAUAUAUUGACAGUGUUAUUCUGUAAUAUUUGUAUUUUUUUCUUGUGUUUGGAAACCUGAAUGGAACAAAUCAUCUCAUGUCAAUGUCAACUCCAAACAGACAACUGUAGCAAAAACAUCCACAUAGCCUAUACUUUAAAAAUAUAAAUCAAUUUUUUUUAAAUCAGUCCAUGUGUCUGUGUUUCUUUUUUGAGAAAGCAGAUCAUUGUCAAUUCCACAAGCUGGAUAUAAUUACCAGUUUAGUCGCAAUGAAUCUAAUCACUGUGUUCCUGUAUAGCAGUAAUAAAGCUAAAUGUGUAAAUAUAAUCAAGAAACUAUAUAUGUACUACAUCACUAAAUGGUAUUUGACCUGGAUCCUAAAAUUAAUUUGGUUGCACAGUAUUUGUCAAAGCCAGG